AUUUUUGUUUUGAUCGUCUUGUUGGCCAUCUCCUUCUCAGCGCGUAUCCGACCGAGAUUGGCCAACUUCCGCGGGGAAAAUCGGGGUUUCUGUGGUUUGUGGCGAGUGUGGUAACCAGCAGCAUCACUCCGUGGAACGAUGUCGUCAUUUUUUGGCUCGCGAGACCAUGAAGGCUACGUCGGCAGAGAGGAACAUAUGAGAAAGCUGGAAUCGGCCAACUCGGAGGACGAUGGAGAGCUGGUGGAACUUCCACUCGGUGGACUACAUAUUGCCGAAGGAGUCCGACCAACCGUCGGUGGGCCGUUUUCCGCCCUAACACCCUCGAUGUGGCCACAGGAUAUACUGGCAAAGUUGGGCCAACCGGAUCCGGAUGAGCCACCGAACCAUCAGCCGGACUAUCGGUUCGAUGAGUUUGGGUUUCGGGUAGAGGAAGAGGAUGGACCGGAACCGAGCUCGAACAAGCUGCUCAGCAUACCCUUCAUGGAAGAUCCGGCCCAGCGACUGCAGUGGAUCGCGCACCUGGAGUUUUCCCACCACAAGGAGGCAACCGAACUGACCUGGGAGUCGGUCGAUGUAGUGCUACCGCGCACGGAGAAGCUGCGCACGAUGGUCCGUGCCGGAAUACCGCACUCGCUGCGUCCACAGAUGUGGAUGCGCCUAUCCGGGGCAUUGCAAAAGAAACUCAAAUCCGAGACGAGCUAUCAGGAGAUCGUAAAAGCGUCGGCCAACGAUCAGUUGAUGACCUCGAAACAGAUCGAGAAGGAUCUACUACGCAUCAUGCCCACGAAUGCGUGCUUCAGCUCACUCAGCGGUACCGGAGUGCCACGGUUACGGCGCAUCCUGCGUGGAAUCGCUUGGCUGUACCCUGACAUCGGGUACUGCCAGGGGACGGGUGUGAUCGCAGCCUCACUACUGUUGCUGCUCGAGGAAGAGGAUGCCUUCUGGAUGAUGGCAACGAUCGUCGAGGAUCUGCUACCGGCCUCGUACUACUCCUCAACCCUACUGGGCAUCCAGGCCGAUCAGCGAGUCAUGCAGACCCUCAUCGGUAGCUACCUUCCGGCCGUCGAUGAUGCGCUCAAGCGACACGACAUCGAACUGUCGCUCAUCACGCUCCACUGGUUCCUGACACUGUUCGCGAGUGUCGUGCACAUGAAGAUCCUGCUGCGCAUCUGGGACUGGUUCUUCUACGAUGGUUCGAUCGUACUGUUCCAGCUUACACUCGCACUGCUCAAGCUAAAGGAGCCCACCGUCAAGGAACUGGAGAAUUCGGCCCAGAUCUUUAACUCUCUUUCGGAUCUACCGGGUGACAUCGACGAUGUAGAAGCCCUGUUUGCCGCUUCGCUCGACGUCGGUGGAUCCCUUUCGCCCAUGGUCAUCGAAACACAUCGACGGCGCCAUCUCGCCUACCUCAUGGCCGACCAAGGAGCGUUGGUAGGGAAUCCGGAAGCGACCGCUAACCUACCAAAGCAACAACUCGCCCGUCGACAACUGAAGAAAUCCAAAUCCAUGCUCCAGACAAUCCUGUUCGGUGUGGCCGGAGCGAGCGGAGCCGAGGGAGAGGAUGAGCUGAAGUGCAAAAACAUUCGCACGACGGAACUGUUGGUGGAUCUGCGAGAAGCGAUCCUCAAGGUAGCCCGCCACUUUCUUGCGAUCGAACCAAAGCUAGCCGCACACAUCCAGCUGGUGGCGGAUUAUGGUAUGGGUAGCCACGCGAAGGACCACGAGAACUACAUUAACGUUUCGAGGACACGCAGUCGACGGGCGAAGGCAUUGCACGAUUUCGAGCGACACGACGAUGAUGAGCUGGGCUUCCGCAAGAACGACAUCAUCACGAUCGUUAGCCAAAAAGACGAACAUUGCUGGGUGGGAGAGCUGAACGGACUGCGUGGCUGGUUUCCGGCCAAGUUUGUAGAGCUACUGGAUGAGCGCAGCAAGCAGUACAGUUGCGCCGGGGACGAUGCGAUCUCGGAGACAGUGACGGAUCUGGUACGCGGUACGCUAGCACCGACCAUCAAGCAGGUGUUGGAACAUGGUAUGAAGCGACCCUCAUUCCUCGGUGGCCCUUGCCAUCCGUGGCUGUUUAUCGAGGAAGCGGCUACUCGUGAGGUGGAGAAAGACUUCGAGUCCGUCUAUUCACGGUUGGUGCUGUGUAAGACGUACCGAUUGGAUGAGGACGGUAAAGUGCUGACACCCGAGGAACUUCUGUACCGUUGUGUGCAAGCCGUCAAUCAGAGCCACGAUGGAGCCCAUGCGCAGAUGGACGUGAAGCUGCGCUCACUGAUCUGCCUCGGAUUGAACGAGCAGGUGCUGCAUCUGUGGUUGGAAACGCUCUGCAGUUGCACCGAGAUCGUCCAGAAGUGGUACCAGCCAUGGAGCUUCGUCUAUUCGCCCGGUUGGGUGCAGAUCAAGUGUGAGUUGCGGCUGCUGUCCCAGUUCGCCUUCAAUCUCAACCCAAACUGGGAGCUACCUGCAAAGCGGGAAGCGGUCCAGAGUCAACCGCUCAAAGAUGGAGUGCGCGAUAUGCUCGUCAAGCAUCAUCUCUUCUCCUGGGACCUUUAAUGGCCCGCCCUCUGUUCCCGUAUGCUUCUGUUCCGUUCUGUGCUGUGUGCCCAGCUACUACCAUUGCUGCUAACUACUACUACUACUACUACUACUACUACUACUACUCAGCUACUACCAGCUCAUGGUUCCUUUUAACGUUAAUUUUCGAUCUUAUUGUUUUUUUAAUCGUUAACCACCUUAACACAGUGGUGUUGUUGUUUGUUUUAACCGUUUUUAACCGCAGUCAACCGUACUUUAAGUAAUCGUCAAGCAAUCCGUUAUUUUAUUUGAUUAUUUCGUUAACGAAAUAGUAAUUUAAUAUUAGUUUUCCAUUCCUGUCUGUUCGCGAGUGCGUUUGUAGAGCAGUAUUAUACGACGAGAUAUCGGAUUCCUCUUCUACGGGUUCCGGGAACCUUACUUGAGAUUUUCCUUCGUUAGAGAAUUGCGGAUCAAAUUAAUCCGGACGGUUUCCAAUGAAGAAUCAAGCAUAUUAAGACUACUAUGAUCGUUCCAGCAGGGUGAUGAAUAGAUGGAUGUUGUGUCAAGUGUUGUGCUGAGCUUGUGUUUCGCGAUCAUCCCGUCAACCUGUGUGCGCACGUGUGCUGACAAGAUUUACUCCACUUUAUUCCGUUCGGUGUGUACUGCUACUGAAUCUUCUUAGAUAGAAUUAUGUAUAAUAAUGCAAGAAUCAAAGCGACUAGAAAAGGCAGGCGGCAGGAACCUAGCGAAAGGGGAGGGCAGAGGACAACUUACAAACCAAAACCCAAGUGCAAAUAUGCUUUCCACAGCCUUUAAUCAACACAAAUUCAAACUGCUUGUCCGCAAGAACAAGGAUGGGCGAAGACGAAUCAAAUAUACAUAUAUAUACAUAUAUUUAGAUUGUAAGAAUGCCUCGGCGCAGCUAUGGACUAGUAAAAUAAAUAUUUAA